AUGACUCAACAGCUUGAACAUCUCAUGAAGAAACUUUCUCAAUUACCGAAAGAAAUCCAAAAUGUUUCUCAAGCUCAACACCAGCAAUCUGUGCAAGGGUGUGAGUUGUGUGGUGGUGAUCACCGAAAUGGGCAAUGUAAGGCCAUAACUACAAGGAGUGGUAGAGUGUUAGCCGAGUUACCUAAGAAGCAAGAAAAAGAAAAGGAUGAUGUUAUUGGUGAGCAAAGUGUGGUUGAUGAGAAUGGAGAGAAAGAAGAGCAAAAAGAGGAUGAGGAAGUCACAAGAAGGGGUAAAGAGGUUAUGAAGCCUCUUCCUUAUCCUAAGACUCAUUCUAGAAAAGAGAAAGAGAAGCAAUUCUCAAGGUUUAUGGAUAUCUUCAAGAAAUUGGAGAUUAGCAUUCCUUUCUCUGAGGCUCUUCAACAAAUGUCUUCAUAUGCAAGAUUUUUGAAGGAUUUGCUCACCAAGAAGAGGAAAUACAUUGAAGAGGAAACAAUAGAAUUCCAAGGUAAUUGUAGUGCAAUCAUCCAAAAACUUAUACCGCCUAAAUUUAAAGAUCCAGGCAGUUUCACUAUUCCAUGCACCAUUGGCAAAUUACCUAUUAGAAAGGCCUUGAUUGACUUGGGAGCAAGUAUCAAUCUGAUGCCUCUUUCCAUGUUAAGGAGAAUUGGUGAUUUGGAGGUUAAACCCACAAGAAUGACACUCCAAUUAGCAUAUCGUUCUACCAAGUGUCCUUAUGGUGUUAUACAGGAUGUCCUUGCUAAAGUGGACAAAUUCACUUUUCUAGUGGAUUUUGUCAUUUUAGACAUGGAAGAGGACAAUGAAUUUCCUCUUAUCUUGGGUAGACCAUUUAUGAAGACUGUUAGGGUGAUCAUUGAUGUGGAUGAUGGCCAACUUAAGGUGCGUGAGCAAGAUGAAACUGUGACUUUCAGUGUUAAGGAAGCCAUGCAACAUCCUAGUGAUAGUAGCAAUUACUUUCGGGUGAAAGUUUUGGAUGAAUUAGUGGACUCUAUAAAGAGCCAAAUGUUUGUGAAGUCUCCUCUUGAGAGAGUAUUGAUAGAUGCUUGUGAUGACUUGACUUUAGAUGAGGAAUCUUAA